UGACAGACCACAAGAUGGCGACACAGACUUUAAAAUUUGAUGAGCCACCAGUCUGUGAACUGUACAGUCAGUGUAGUUUUCUAGAGUUACAGCUGAAACAUGCCUCAGAUCAUCUUCAUACCAGGACAGGUUCCGUCCAUCUCCUGUAGGUAAUUUCUGCCCGGUUGUAUAUUUGCUUGUACGCGGAUAUCACACAUCUCAUUCAGCCUUCCUGUCAUUCUCAGAAGUGAGUGAAUGUGUCGCAUCCCACCUUGCAACUGCACGCCAUGCAGACACAGAGAGCUCAGAUUGCACUACAGUCGGGUUUCAGAUAGCACAGGUCCACAUUACCACGUAGUCAGUGCUUUUCUUUUUUUUACGCGUUUAGAAAAAGGACUUCUGUGCCAAAAUCCGUGGCAUGUGAGCUCCUAUUCCUUAAUCAGUGCGAAAAUAAACAGAUUUUUUUGUUGUUCAAUCUGGCCUCAGAUUACAAACAACGGGUAGUCUCUGACAAAAAUAAUUCUAGAAGGUAGAUUUUGCUAUUUUGAGAGGUGAAAAUGAUUGUUUAUAAAGGAUUAAGUCUAAAUAAUGUUGUUUCUGUUGAAUUUGGAUUAGAGCGAUCUCAUGUCCGCGCGCCUUCCUCUGGGUUGGACCUCACUGUGCGCGUGCAAGUCUUCCGGCCGUCUCACGCGCGCUCACUUUCUUUUUCUUUUUUUUCACUUUUGAGCAGCGCGCCCCUUUUCUCCGUGCGCCUCUCGAGCCACCGGACAGCGCAGCCGCUCGCGACUCCCAGGACACCCGGUAAUAAGUUCUGUGUCAGCCUUUCUGUUAGAGUGCAUACGCGCUCUAUGAGUGUGCGCUCUGAGGGUUCGGUGACAGCUUGCGUCCUAUUGUCCUAUCAUUCCUGCCCCACUCACACUCUGCAUCCUGUGGAGUUUCCUGCUGGUGAGGGAGCGCGUCAGGGAGAAACAGAGGGGUGAGAAGCGAGAAAGAAAAGUGGCGAUGGUGAUUGACAGAUGAUCUGACAGAGGAAGACAUCAGACGCCGUCUCCGUGCUGGUUAUUAUGGGGUGUGCCUGUUGCAAGCAGAAAAAGUCUGCCAAAGCAGUAACAGCAACAUCAGCAGCCGUAGACAUUACAGAUCUGUCUCCUAGCAACGCAGAUGGAGGGUCGUCCGCGGCCGGGAUUCCGGGCCGUUACUGUCCUGACCCCACUGUGACAAUCCCAGACUUCAACACACCCUUCCCCUCCAGCACCAUCUUCCCCAACUCCAGCUCACACCAGCGGCCUGGAGGUGGUGGAGUCACUCUCUUUAUAGCUUUGUACGACUACGACGCUCGUACUGAAGAUGACCUCACUUUCCAAAAAGGAGAGAAAUUCCAAAUCGUCAACAACACAGAGGGCGACUGGUGGGAAGCUCGCUCUUUGGACACUGGAAACUCAGGUUACAUCCCCUCCAACUACGUAGCUCCCGUGGACUCCAUACAAGCCGAGGAGUGGUAUUUUGGGAAGAUGGGGAGGAAGGACGCGGAGAGACAGCUGCUGGGUCAUGGCAACCAGAGGGGCACUUUCCUCAUACGUGAGAGUGAGACCACCAAGGGCGCUUACUCGCUGUCCAUUCGUGACUGGGACGACAACAAGGGAGAACACGUCAAACAUUAUAAGAUUCGUAAACUAGACAACGGUGGCUACUACAUCACCACCAGAUCACAGUUUGACACUGUGCAGCAGCUGGUAGAGCACUACACAGAGAGAGCGGCAGGACUGUGCUGCCGUUUGAUUGGCAGCUGUAAGCGGGGCAUGCCUAAGCUGGCUGACUUAUCAGUGAAGACCAAGGAUAUGUGGGAGAUUCCCCGUGAAUCUCUCCAGCUGAUUAAGAAACUGGGAAACGGCCAGUUCGGAGAAGUCUGGAUGGGCAUGUGGAACGGCACCACCAAGGUAGCGGUGAAGACUCUGAAGCCAGGAACCAUGUCCCCUGAGGCCUUCCUGGAGGAGGCUCAGAUCAUGAAGAGACUCCGUCAUGACAAGUUGGUGCAGCUCUACGCCGUUGUGUCUGAGGAGCCCAUUUACAUUAUUACUGAGUUCAUGAGCCAAGGAAGCUUGUUGGACUUCUUGAAAGAUGGAGAGGGGCAGAGCCUGAAGCUGCCUCAGCUGGUGGACAUGGCUGCACAGAUUGCAGCUGGAAUGGCGUACAUUGAACGCAUGAACUACAUCCAUCGUGACCUGCGAGCAGCCAACAUCCUUGUUGGAGACAAUCUGGUGUGCAAGAUCGCUGACUUUGGCCUGGCUCGGCUCAUUGAGGACAACGAGUACACAGCCAGACAAGGAGCAAAGUUUCCCAUUAAGUGGACGGCUCCAGAAGCCGCACUGUACGGACGCUUUACCAUCAAGUCUGAUGUCUGGAGCUUUGGCAUCCUACUAACUGAACUCAUCACUAAGGGACGUGUGCCGUAUCCAGGCAUGAACAACCGUGAGGUGCUGGAGCAGGUGGAGAGGGGCUAUCGGAUGCCCUGUGCCCCGGGCUGCCCCGCCUCGCUCCAUGAACUGAUGGUGCAGUGCUGGAGGCGGGAGGCCGAUGAGAGGCACACCUUUGAGUACCUCCAAUCCUUCCUUGAGGAUUACUUCACUGCCACAGAGCCGCAGUACCAACCCGGAGAGAACCUGUGACCACACAAGCGUAGGACAGACGUGGAGCAAUAAAUGGACAGAGACAGAGAUAGACACAUGCAUACAAAUACACUGACAGGCAUGUCGUAGUACACAUACAUGCGUUCAGUGUAUUUGUUGCACAGAUAUAAAGAAACAUAUCAUUUCCUUGUUUAACAGUUUUUAAAGACUCUUUGAUCAUUGAUCGCUGCAGCCCAUUCAGGACAGAUCAGUUAACCGCGUUGAAGAGCAGAUUCGGAGCUCUUCUGGUCAGGCCUCGCAGUAAUGUUGCUUUACUCUGUAACCAUGACAACAAGGAACUGAAAGAAGAUGUAGAUGGUUGUGUUGGGGUGGGGGGAAGUCGAGUGGGUACAUGAUCUGUUCAGCUGCCAUAUAUGUUCAGGUCCUUUGAUUUCUCUUUCUGAGAAGAGCAUUUUAGUGGAUCGACUGUUUGCCGGAGAUAAAUGCGACGAUACAGAGAGGUUCACAGGUGCGACAGGUUAUCAGACGACAUUUUAAAUACAGUCUUUAAAAACUGUCAGUGAACCCCGUGGACCUGUGUGGUAACUGACUAGAUUAUGUACAGACACAGACACUGCUAUUUCAGGUUUAAGAAGAUUGACACUUCUGCAAUAACUGAACAGAGGUCCGUUUUCUUCUUUUUCAUGUUUAGAAAAAAAAUGCCGCAUCCAUGUCUGUUUCCUCAAACUGGUUUCCAUGUUUCCACUAACAUGUGCCUUAAUGUGGUCAAAUUAAAGAAUGUUUUAGAUUAGGUGCCUUUAUCAAUGUGUUAGGAAAGUCUGAGGGGAGGGAUGGUAAGGAAUUCCUUUUAUUUGUUUGAUAUUUUGUAUGACAAUUUUGUAUGAAUUGUCUCUUUUGUUGUUUUAAUUUAAGUCAGAUAUAUCUGUGCAUCACAAAGCAUUCCAUAUCUAGUCAACAUGUAUGCAGUUUUCAUCCAUUGGCAGGGCAGAGUGAAAUGUUACGCAUAAAGGGGAGAAGAUAAGUAUCAGAGGCCUGUGGAAAAAUAGUGUUUUAAAUGAUUUUUCUUGACUAGAAUGUAACCCUCAUGUUGUGAUUCCCCUGUCAUGUCAUUGUAAUAAAGAUCAGAUAUCUUUUCCAGGGUA